GCCGCCAUAGUGAAGCUGAAGUGGAAAAUCGUGAGAGUGCUUAAAACAUUUGCCAAUUAUCCGGGAUUAUUGAUGAUUAUACAUCGCAGAGGAGUGUAAAAAUGGAGGAUGAGACUGAGAAGGUGCUGAGCAAGGUGUUGGAUCCGGCGGAACUGGAGCAAAUUCCACCGGAGACACGUAAGAAGUUGGAGGACUUCUAUGAGCAGCGUCUCAAUGAGUUUUACUCGGCCAAAGCCAUUCAGCUGAACAUUGAGAACGUGCGGCAGGAGUUGGAGACGAAGAAUGCGGAAUUGAGUGCAAAGUUGCUGGACGGCGAGGCGAAGCUCCAGUCGUACGAUGAGUUGAUCCGGGAGCUGAGACAGCAGUUGGACACGAGUCGCGGCGAAGUGGUGAAACUGCAGGACACAGUGGCCAGGUAUGGCACGGAAGUGUACGAGAGCAAGAUGGAGAGGAAUGCCGCCGUGGAUGAGAGGGAUUCGCUCCUGAGCAUGGUGGAGCGUCGCAAUGGCGAAGUGGAACGCCAGCGGGCGGACAUUGUGGCCCUGGAGAGUCAACUUCAGUCUGCCAUUGCGGCCAAGUGCGAAGUGCUGGCCAAGAUUGACGACAUCGAAAGCAAGGAAACGAGUCUGAACUUCAAGGAGAAGCGCCUGGAACAGGAGAAGGAAAUGAUGACGAAUCAAAUAGCCACACUGCGAGAGGACUUGCACAGGAACAUCGCUGAAAUGCAGACCAUUCGCAGGGACAACACGGUGAACAACAUCAAGUUGGAGACGAAGUUGACAGAGAAGACGGAAGAGCUGAAGAUCACACAGAACACAAUUGGUCACCUGGAGGAGGCGAAUGCGUCGCUGGUGGCGAAACUGGAGGAGAUGAACAAUAAAUUGAGGCAGAAUCAUGAGGAGUCGGACAAGGUGAUCAUGACAUUCCAGAAGGAGUUGUCUUCGAAGACGAAACUCGUGGAGAUGUUAAAGGAGUCGGCCAGGGAGAAUCAGGAGCAGAUCAAGGAGUUCAGUGAUUGUGUGACGGAACUGAAGAAGCUCUUGACUGAGGCCACGGACAAGACGGGUGAGCUGGAGACGAGGCAAAAGGGUGUGGAUUUGAAGCAUGCCGAGGAAUUGGAGGAGAAAGAUGCCACAAUUCAGCAACUGAGGCAGGAAAUUGAGCACGCCAAUGAGUUGCUCAAGGAGGUGCAGGAGCAGAACUUGGAGAAUGCCAUUCACAAUUUGGCACCAACUGCGGCGGCCUCCAGUCGCAUGAUAAAGUCCGGCAUGACACUGACGGAGAUCUUCACGCUGUACGUGAAGGCGACGGAGGAGUUGCAGGUGACGAAGAAGGAGAAUAACAAGCUGAAUCUGCAGAUAAGGACGAUUCUGCAGGAGAUUGAGGAGAAGGCACCACUGAUUAGGAAGCAGAGCCUUGAGUACCAGAAGAUUGAAGAGGCCAAUGCGGAACUGUCGCAGCAACUGGACAAUCUCAUGAAGCAGCGCGUCGAGUCGGCGGAAGAGUUCAAUGGCACUGUGGCCAAGUUGGGCUAUUUGGAACGCGAGAACAAGAAGCUGAAGCAGAGCAAUGGCGAUCUGGGCAGACAGGUGUGCUUCCUGGUGAGGGAGAUUGAACAGAUGCGCGGCGGAUUCUCGUCGGAGCCCGAUCAGUCGAUAACGUCGGAUAUGUUGGCCAAUGAGGUGAUCACGAGGAAGCUGGUGACGUUCUCCGAUGUGCAGGAGUUGCAGGAGAACAACCAGAAGUUGCUGAAUGUGGUGAGGGAUUUGAGCACGAAGCUGGAGGAGAUGGAAGAGGCGGAGAAUGGCAUGGAUAAGGCGACUUAUGAGGCGAAGAUAGCCAAUUAUACGAAGAGGGUGAAUGAAUUGCAGGCCUCGCAGGAGUAUCAGACGCAAAUGAUGUCUGUGUGUAUGCAGCAGAGGGACAGAUUCAAGAAACUCUACCACGAGACACUGAAGAGUGGCGGGAAGGCCUUCAAUCUGGACGGAUCGCUGAGUGGGCAGGAGCAGAUGGAGGGAUUGGAGGAGGAGACGCCGCUAGCCUCGAACAGCAGUGUGACAUCGAAUGAGAAUUCCGUGGUGAAGGACAAGAAGAUUGGGGAGUUGGAGGGAAAGCUGAAGGAUUCGGCGGAACAGUUGAAGAGUCUGAAGGAGGACUAUGAGAACUAUCGAAAAGAUCGUGCGGCCAAUGAGAAGAUGCUGAAUGAGCAAUUUGACACGAUGCGCAGUGAAAUUCUCAGCUUAACUUCGUCAAAUUGUAAGCUCAUGUCCACGGUGGAGUUCAAUUCGGAGCAAAUUAAGCUGCAGCAGAAGAAUGUGGCGACGUACAAAAAGCAGAUUGAGACGCUGGAGGAGCGAAAUAAGAACUACGAAACAUCAAUUGUGAAGCACGAGCAGACGAUAAUGAUUCUCAAGGAUGAGGUGAUGAGUGCACAGAAGAAGCUGACAGAAGCUGAGGUGAUGGUGGAGAAUCUGAAGCAGCAGUUGAGCAUCUUGAGGGACUCGGAAGCGCGACUGAAGCUGGACAAGGAGAUGCUCCAUCGCGAGCGCCACACAAAUAAUCUGCUAAUGAACAAUAUUGAGAUGCUGAAGGUGAGCUUCGAGCGAUCUGAGACUGGUGGAAAGCUGCUGCUGGAGACGCGUCUGGAUGAGACAGUGCGCGAGUGUUCGGCACUGAGGCGGCGUCUGCAGGAGGAGCAGGAUCGCUUCAGGGAAUUGUCGCAGGAUCUCGAGCGGCGCACGGAGACGGCGAAAAAGAGGAUGCAAGAGGAAGUGGCGCAGGUGGAUAAGAUUCGUGAGGAGUUGCGCGAGAGUCGCGAAGAUGUGAUGGCGAAGACGAGGCAGAUUGAGGAGUUGAGUCAUAAACUCCAGGACAGUCUGACGCCAAACAGGAGUGACAAUCCCAUUGUGCAGGCGCAGAAGCGUGCCAAGGAGUUGGAGUUCAAGAAUGAGGAGUAUCGCCUGAGCAUUGAGUCGCUACAGAAGGAGUUGAUGACAACGAAGGAGAAUGUGCAGCAGUACUGCAAAUUGUCUGAGAGUUCGGAGAAGGAGCUGAGAGACAUGGCGGCAGAGUAUGAGAAGUUCAAGUUGGCCACAAGUGCGGAAUUGACGAAGGUGCGCGAGAGUGAGGCGUCGCUGAAGGCGCGCGUUGAGGAGCUGGAGACGGAGAUUUCGCUGCAAAUCACGGGUGCGCAGCUGAUUGCCGAUGAGGAUGACACGACACAGCUGAGGAAGACGCAGACGGAGUUGCGUGAUGUGCUGCAGAAGUUGAGUGAUGUGAAUCGCGAGUUGCGCUAUGCCAGAGAUGAAUUGAGUAGUUUGAGGAGUAAUUUGCAGAGUGUGGAGGCGAAGUAUGCGCAUGAGAUGUCUCUGCACUCAGCGGAUCUGCAGGUGCUGAGCAAUCUCAAGGAGGAGUUGAACAAAGUGAAGGAGACCGUGGGUGAGUUCAAGAUGCAGCGCGACAGGGCAGUGGAGGAGCUAGAGUGCUCGAAGAGGGGCUGGCAAGAGACGGAGAAGCACCUGAAGGCGGACAGGGUGUCAGUGGACGAGCGACUGGCGGAUCUUGUGGCUCAGAAUGCGGCGUUGCACGAUCAAUUCCAGGAAUUGAGCACAAAACUGAUCUUUGGCGGUGAUGGUGACAAAGAUGACUCCAGCGUGGCGGCGGAUUCGUCACUAGUGAAUCGAUCUCUGGUGGAGGGUGAGACAAGUCCAAGUGCUGGACAAUUGCUGCAGAUUAUCAAGUAUCUGAGGAAGGAGAAGGACAUUGCGUACACUGAAGUGGAUGUGCUGAAGGCGGAGAAUGCCCGAUUGACGUCAGAGUCGAGGAUUGUGCAGAAAAGACUUGAGGACACAAGUGCGGCGCUGAUGAGUGAGAGGACAAAGUCUGAUGUGGGCAUUGCCAGCGCCACAAAGCACGAGGACAUCCUGAGGAAGGUGGAGACACUGAAUGCCAUCACGGACAGCAACAGGAGUCUGAGGGAGGAGCGUGACUUGCUGCAGAACAAGAUUAGGGAUCUCACGGCGCACAUUGGGAAGGUGGAGCUGGAGUUGUUCCCGUUGCAGGAGCAGAAUCGCGAGAUGCAGACCAGGAUUGAUGAGCGCGAGGCUGCGUAUCAAGCACUGAAGGUGGAGAUGACGCGCUGGAAGCAGAGGGCGAAUCAGUUGAUUGAGCGGAAUAACAAAACCAAUCCGGACAUCUUCAAGAAUAUGCAGAAUGAGAGGGAGAGUUUGGCGCAGAUGCUUACGAGCGAGAGGGAGAUCCUGAAGAAGACCAAUGCAGAGUUGUCAUCGCUGAAGAGUGACAAGGCGAAGGUGGACAGUGAGGUGGCGAAUCUCACGAAGCAAGUGGCCACGAUGGCGGAGGAGAAUAAGAAGCACACUGGAGCUCUGGCCAACAUGCAAGCCACCAAUGCGAAGCUGAUGCGCGAACUGAUGGAGGUGAAGAACUCCAUUCUGGCGAAGGAGGAUGAGAUGAAGAAGCUGACUGAUGACGUGAAGGUGCGCGAUGAUGAGCUGACGAAGGAGAAGAGCAAGGUGAUUCAGCUGAGAAAGUUUGCCAGGCAGUACAAGGAUCGCUGUGAGAGGUUGGAGAAGAAUCGCCAGGGCGGCAAAGAGGGUGAGACUGAGCAGGAGAAUAAUCAGCAGAAUGUCAGCUCAGAGCCUGGCACGUCCAAGCAGGAAGCGGAGAAUCCGCUCCAGGAAAAGGUGACGGAGUUGAAUAUGCAGCUGGAGGAGAUGGAGAAUCUGCGAAAGGAAAAUGAGACACUGAAGCAAUUCCGUGAGAAUGAUGAGCGCAAUGUGCAACUGCUCAAGGAUGCCAAGACGAGGAUUAUUGCUCUACAGGAUUCGAAGAAUACAAUGAGCAGGGAAUUGGUGACGGCCAAGAAUCAGUUGCAAAGCAUCGAGCAGUCGCAAGAUAUGGUGAUGACAGAGCUGAAGAGUCAGUACGAAGGGAGAUUGACGAAGCUGGAGAAGGAGUUGAGUGAUGCCAAGGAGAAUCAGGAGACCAUCUUGCGCCUGCAGCGUGACAAUGAGAGUCUCGUGCUGAGGGUGAAUCAACUCCACAGGCAAUUGCAGAUGCCUCAGGGUGCCAAGCCGACGACGAGCUCAAGCACGACGGAGAAAGGCGUGAGUGAGUCGCCGAGGACGGCGAAUGUGAAGCCGAUGGCGGGACCCAGCCAUCAAUCCGCCACAGUGACGCCGUGGCGCGGCGGCGAGACGCCGCUGGCCAGCAUCCGGCCGAUGUCUGUGCAGAACAGGACGGCAGCAGUUCUGCCCACCAAUGUGGCGGCCGUGCAGGGAUCCAGCUCGAGUGUCACGGCGCUGGUGCCGCCGCAGCAGCAAGUGCACACGACGGGGAAUAAUUCUGGCGAGGCCAUGUCUUCCUCGCCCACCAGCUCACACACGGACUACAUGCCGGCCACGAGUUCUGCCGCCAUUGUCGUGGCCGCUGUGCCGCCCAUGGGCACUGCCUCGACGCAAGCGGAGAGCUCACAGGAGGCAGAGAGUGCGCCGACGGGCAAUAAUGGAGAGUCAUCAUCCUUCAGCUCCACCGUUGUGGUGUCUGGACAGCAGCAAGCUGUGGCUCUGGUGUCGCCACGAGUCGAGGGUGGAACGUCGCAGAGCAUCAUUGCGCCGCAAAUCAACGAGCAGAGUCAAACGCCGAGCACAUCCGGAACGUCUUCCAAUCAGGCGGUGAUCAUCAGCAGUCACCAUCAGGCGUCGUCCAGCAGCACAGUGACCACCACACAGGCGGGUUCGCACAAGCGUCCGCGCGAUGUGGAGGGUGACAGUUCCACGGGAAAUGCUGAGGAACCUGGUGAGAAGUCGCAGCCACAGAUUAAGAGGACAAGGCUGCAAGCUGGAGAAACAUUCCAGGGUGUGAGCGAAUCGGGAUUGGACGUGGAAUAUCAAGUGCCCACAUCAUCUCAGCGUGACCAAGAGGAUGAUAUUAUUGUGGUGGAUUCUGAGGAGGAGGAAGAGGAUGACGGAAUGGCGGACGAGGGAACGCCCGAUGACGGACCGUUCGAUGAUGAGGUGGACAAUAGUGAGAUCUACGAGAUGGAGGGCUACGAGCAGGAGCAGGAGAUGGGCAACUACGACGAGGGUGAUGGUCCGGAUGUGGAUGAGGACAAUGUGCCGUCGGAUAACAAUGAGGUGGAAGUGGAUGAUAGCAAUGAAAUUCCCAAUCAAUCGGGAAGCAGCUCGAGUAAUGGUCAAAUUGCACCUGAUGCGGGUAGCAGUACAUCUCAGGUGGGACAGAGUAGUUUGCCGCCUGAGGUGUUACCGGAGCAGCAGCCCAUCGAGGGCUCCUCCACGUCUGGGCAAAAUGUGACGGAAGUGCAGCAAAUUCAAGCGAUCAGCAGUGGAAGUGAGGCGGGAUCUUCCACACCGUCAACGUGGCGUCAAAUCACACCACACUCCAGGCAGCAGCAAUCGGCGACACACUUGGUGUUGAUACAGCAAUCGUCCGGAUAUGAACCGGAAACGGGCGAUGAGAGGAUCGUUCCCAGCACACCAACACUCUUUGCUCCGCGGCGUGCUGAUGGUUUCAGUGAGGUGAUCAGUUCGCCUCAUCCACAAGUGCCACACGCUGCGAGAUUCACCUUCACAGAGGCCACGAGGCAAUCGGCACUGGUGCCUGGUGGGAAUCUUGAGGGCAUGGAUGACACGCAGAUUGAUCUGUCGCAGCUGGAUGAGGCGAAUGCCAGCACCACGGGACGCAGUGUUCCCAACACGCCAAAGCUCAUUUCGCCUCAUGACGUGGACUCGGCGGCUGGUGAGGGAUCAUCGAGUGGGCAGCCGGUGGUGGAGGAUCAGCAGGAGCAGCAACACGAGGAGGAGCAGCAGGAGGCGGUGGAUUUGCGUCAGGAGAGCGAAGCCGGCACGAGUCAGAGUCAGCCGGUGAUCACGAUUCAGGAGCACGUGGACGAUGAUGACGAUGGCAGUGAUGAUGGGAGUGAGGAUGCCAGCGAUGAAGGAAAUGACAAUGACGACGCUGACAAUCUGGAUCACACAGCAUCGACAUCUGAGAGAACCAAGUCGGACAAGGAGGACUCCAAUCUGCCGAGCGGUGAUGAGCCAGAGGGCACGGAUGGCGUGAGUUCUGAGGGUGAGAAGGCGCCAGGUGCUGAAGGGAUUGAGAUUGAAGAGGGACGCGAAGCUGAGGCCUCCACGACGCCGAGCAUUAAUACGAGAUCCAGGAGUGCUGGUCUACAGCCCAGUGUGUCGAUGGCCAGACGUGCCACCGGAAGGGUGUCGCGUGCCAGGACGCCGAUUGUGUGGAAUCAGGGCAGCGGUCGAGUGAUUCGCCACUAUUUGGCAGGUCGGGAGCCGAUUGGCGCGAGGGCGCAGCCGAUGAUGCAGGAGCCCAACUCGAUGGGCAGGAAUUCAUUCCCGCCGGCGCCGCGUGGCCAGCGCGGCAGACGAAUGCGUCGACCUAGUGGCAGCUUCAUGCGAUACUAAAAACUCUGUCCCCAAAAUAUUCGUUAUCAUUCUCUUAUAUCCAUAUUUUUCUCAUUUUUUCAAUGAGUUGUAACGAAGACGUUUUAGAAGAUUGGAU